UAGACUUUGGUUCCUUCUCCUGUAGGUUACAUUCACUACCAGCCCGCUAAAGACAGCCAUCGUCCUCAUCUACUAGAGAUGCUGAUCCAGUUACCGCCUCACUCAAUGACAGAGGUCACUGUACAGUUUGAAAGGGCCCUUCUCAAAUGGACUGAGUACACCCCUGAUCCCAACCACGGCUUCUAUGUUGGAUCCUCUGUGGUCAGCGCCCUUGUGCCAAGUAUGGUUGCAAUGAACAGCAACUUCACACAAGACCAACCGUUGUUUAGCAGUUUUGUCCCAGUCAAAGAAGAGUCGAAGCUACUUUGUGCGAGUGUACACAGAACCCCUGCUGGUAAAUCUACCCACGCCUGACUUCAGCAUGCCCUACAAUGUCAUCUGCCUCACCUGCACGGUGGUCGCGGUGGGCUACGGCUCCUUUUACAACUUGCUGACCCGCAUGUUCCAGAUAAACCGAGUCCACCGCUGGCCAAACGCUUGGCCAACCUCGUUCGUCGCAUUAAGGGGAGUGCCACUGCUGACCUAACUGCCGAGAGCAGGUUCUAACACCUGAAAUGUCCAUGUUAGGCAGCUUAGAGAAUUGUGACUCUAAAACAGCAUCUGUUGGAGUUUUAAGAUGCUUUUCAGCCCUGGAAGGACUCAAUGCCAAGUGACUGUUCUGAACUUUUGUUGAACAAAUGACCUUCCAAAAUGUAUUAGCCACCUUUUCUUUUCUUUUUUUAAGCCACAUAAGCACAGACCACUUUUUUUUAUUUUUUACUUUGUUUUGUCAAGUCAUAAGCAUAAACAUAGCUUGCUGUCACAAGAACAUUUCUCAAAGGAACUGCAUGGUUUGGGCAUCUGGGAGAAAUAUACAUGGAAGAGCGUGAUAUUAAGUCGUCUCUGUUUACGCCACUCUUUUGAGAGCAUUUCACACAAACACAGACACUAUAAUCCAACUACUGAAAAUGUAUGUCUACGAAUGUGGCACAUAUUUUCUACUUUCUCUAAUGCACUGAUAUUCAAAUGUGUGUUGUUUUGAAGGACUGGACUUGUUUUUAGUGUUCUGGCUUUUUUUUCGUGCAUUUGCCUGUGGGCAGACCACAUAAUGGCCUCUAGACUUGGUGUUAUUGAAUUUGAAUUCUGAAGCAUCUCUUUAACACUGGUUAACUUUCCAGUAAUAAACUGACUGGAAACCCA